AUGACUUGCUCUCACUGUGGAGAAAACAGAAUAGAAUAUGAUACUGCUGCUGGGCAUGCUUUUUGCCCAAAGUGUGGUUUUGUUGUCGAAGAAAGUAAGAUCGUUUCCGAGGUUACUUUUGGAGAGAGCGCGUCAGGCGCUGCAAUUUUACAAGGAUCGUAUGUUGGAGCUGACCAAAGGAGAGCUAGAUCUGCUGGUCCUUAUCGUAGACAUUCAAGCUUGGAUUCUAGAGAGCAAACUAUUGCAAAUGGACGACGGCAAAUUCAAGCAUUAGCUACUGCGCUAAGACUUGCGGAUCAUCUGAUGGAAGCUGCGCAAAGAUAUUUUAAUCUUGCGAUUACCAACAACUUCAUCCAAGGUAGAAAGACUCAACUUGUUGUCGCGGCUUGUCUCUACAUCGUAUGCCGUACGGAAAAGACAAGCCAUAUGUUGAUCGAUUUUUCGGACAUUUUACAAGUAAAUGUUUUCACUUUGGGAUCAACAUUUUUGAAACUAGUAAGAACACUUCACCUCGUUCUUCCGUUGGUUGAUCCAUCAUUAUAUAUCUCAAGAUUCGCGUCCUUAUUAGAAUUUGGAGAGGAAACUCCAAAAGUAGUGGCUGAUGCAUUGCGUCUAGUGCAGAGAAUGGAUCGUGAUUGGAUGCAAACUGGUAGAAGGCCUGCUGGUAUAUGUGGAGCGUGUUUAUUAAUUGCUGCUCGGAUGAAUAAUUUUCAGAGAAGCAUAAAGGAAGUUAUUGCUGUUGUAAAGACAGCAGACAUAACUAUUAAAAAAAGACUUGAGGAGUUCAAAGUUACCCCCACAGGUAAACUUUCUGUACAAGAUUUUAGAAAUUUAUGGCUUGAACAACAAUGCGAUCCACCCGCAUUUACGCGGGCACGAAAGGCGGCAAAAAUUGCCAAGGACAAACGGCAUGCAAUGGCCAUUUCUGAUUCGACAUUAAAUGAGACUGGUGAGAAUUAUAAUCAAAUAACGACAGGUUCAUCAAAUGGGGAAAUAAUUGGUUCGAAAAGAAAGAGGGAUCUUAAUGAUGUGGAUGGGGAUGAAAUUCAAUUAAGACAAGGAAUAUCUGACUUUUAUGAGGAUAAUUCCCAAGCAAAGACUGGAGAAUCACAAAAUGAUGAAAUAGCAGCUCUCCAAAGUGCAAAUUCGGAUAGCGAAGAUAGUAAAUCUGACGCCGAUCAGAACGAAGAGCUAGGGUCUGAUCUUGAUGAAGAUGAUGAAGUAAAAAACGCCAUUUUAACUGAGGACGAAGUCAAACUUAAAACUCAAGUUUGGAUGGAGCUAAAUGGGGAUUAUUUGAGGGAGAUGGAGGAAAAAAGAAAACAGCAAGAAAUCGAUCGGCAAAAUGGGAUUGGAGUUCGUAGACGGCCAAGAAAAGGCAGAAAUGCUGAUCAGAUGGUUGCGAGUACACCAGCAGAAGCCGCAAGGAAACUUUUUGAAGAGAGAAAUCUAUCAAAGAAAAUUAACUUUAAGGUGCUGGAUAAUCUCUUGGAAAACUUAACAGAAAGCAUUCCCAACACUCCAACAUCAUGGCGAGAUUAUGAUCCCACAAGCAUAAGUGGCUCAGGAAUUGCACGUAGCGGGACUCCAGUAAGCAAUAAUAGGUGGUCUGACGAGGAAGAUUAUGAUUGGAACCAUCAAUCUUUAAAGCUAAACAAUAAGGAUUCGUUAAAUAGCACUGCAACUACUCCUGGACUGACGGAAGACGGUGAUGAUUAUGUCGAAUAUGAUAAUAAUGAUAUAUAUGGUAGCGAAUCAUAUGAAAAAUAUGAAAAUGACGAUCAUAAUUAUGAUAAUGAAUAUGAAGGGGAUCCCUAUGAUGAAUCCAAUGAGGAUGACUAUUGA